UAUUUCCCCGUCACCGCUCCGAAUUAAAAGACGGCAUUUCCAGGCACUCGCUCGGUGUGUGAGAGAGACGAGAGAGAGAGAGAUGGCAAGUGGAAUCGCUCGUGGGCGUCUCGCGGAGGAGAGGAAGGCGUGGAGGAAGAAUCACCCUCACGGUUUUGUGGCAAAGCCCGAGACUCUGCCUGAUGGGACUUGCAAUCUGAUGGUGUGGCAGUGCAUUAUACCUGGAAAAUCUGGGACUGAUUGGGAGGGUGGCUACUUCCCGUUGGCGAUGCACUUCAGCGAGGACUACCCGAGCAAGCCGCCCAAAUGCAAAUUCCCGCAGGGUUUCUUCCACCCUAAUGUCUAUCCAUCUGGAACUGUCUGUCUAUCAAUCCUUAACGAGGAUUCCGGGUGGAGACCGGCCAUCUCGGUAAAGCAGAUACUUGUGGGUAUUCAGGAUUUACUGGACCAGCCGAAUCCCGCUGACCCUGCACAGACUGAUGGUUAUCAUCUCUUUAUACAGGAUCCCGCCGAGUACAAGAGAAAGGUUCGGCAGCAGGCCAAGCAGUACCCACCCAUUGUCUGAUCCAUCAUCCCCUACAUAGCUGUCGAACACCCAACCGAAGAGCCUCGAGUCAUUUGUCCGAAACCAGACCGAAUCCGCUUGUGGUGAAGAGAAAGGAGAAUGCUCUUCUUCAUUCGUCUUGGCAUCCAAGACUACAUUUGUAAUCUCUUGUUCUCUUUUAGAAUCCUCUCUCGCUCUAAACUGUUAAUAUACUCGUAUUUACAUAUCUGGGUACUGUGAUCAGUUGGUGUUCAUCUGUGCCUGCAGUGAGUGAGCUUUGUCCUUUCAUGUGUUUGGUUAUUUAUUCGACAACUCAGAACUGAAGUUUGGUUUUCUAUCUGUAUAUGUGAUUUAUGGGUAUCCAAGUUUGUGUCCUG